UAUUGAAACACUUGGGCGGGACUUGUUUUAGUGUUCAUGAAUUAGCUCGCUGAUUCUUCUUGUUAUCGCGUGUGCACUUUUAUCGUACUAUGUCUUACGACUAUAAUGAGAAUAAUCUUGUAGAUGAGUUUCCGUCUAUGGCUAUCCAUUCAAACGGAUCAGAUGGUGGUGGUGCCAAACUUUAUGUGCCUCCUCAUUUGCGCAAUCGUGGGACAUCGAAUGGUCUCGCUGAAUCUGUAAAUGAUUUUAGUCAAUUUAGUCGCCCAUCCCGUGGCACUGGUGAUAACUUUCGUGGACGUCCUUUUCGUGGUUCGUACAGUAAUAGAGGAUCAAAAGUUGGAAACGAAAGGCAACAAUCUGACUCAAGGUGGUCAAGCUUCAACAUGAAUAUUCAGUCACGAGGUGGUCAUUCUACUUUAGGGUCAAGUGUUCCCAGACGCAGUUGGAAUUCAUUCACCGAAGAUUGGACUCAACAAUUGCCACGAAACGAGCGUACAGAACAAGAGCUUUUCAAGAAAGUGAGCGCGGGGAUAAACUUUAACCAAUACGACAACAUUCCUGUGAACGCAACUGGGCCAAACUUUAACGACAGUGCAUCAACCAUAUCUUCAUUUACCGAACUUUCACUUCAUAAAAUUGUACGUGAUAACGUUGAAUUGGCCAAUUAUGAGCGUCCUACACCGGUACAAAAACAUGCUAUACCAAUAAUUGCAUCAGGUCGGGACCUAAUGGCAUGUGCACAAACUGGUUCAGGAAAAACUGCUGCAUUCCUUAUUCCAAUCUUAAAUAACAUGAUUAAGCAAGGUCCUGGUGAUUCUAUAAGCGCCACUAUAAACAACAACCGAAGGAAACAGUUCCCUGUAGCUCUUAUACUGGCUCCAACUCGCGAAUUAGCAUCACAGAUUUUUGAUGACGCCCGAAAGUUUUCCUAUAGAUCUCUUAUCAGACCAUGUGUUCUUUACGGUGGUGCUGAUAUGAGAACGCAGUUGAUGGAGUUGUCCGAAGGCUGUAAUCUGUUAGUUGCCACCCCAGGUCGACUAAGUGAUGUUUUAGAACGGGGUCGGGUCGGCUUAGACUACUGUCGGUUCCUCGUUCUUGAUGAAGCUGAUCGUAUGUUAGACAUGGGGUUCGAACCACAGAUUCGUCGUAUUGUAGAGCAAGAUGCUCUCCCACCUUCCGGCGAGCGACAGACACUUAUGUUCUCGGCAACUUUCCCCAAUGAAAUUCAGAUUUUAGCAAAAGAUUUCUUAAACAAUUAUAUAUUUUUGACCGUUGGACGUGUUGGAAGUACGAGUGAAAAUAUUACGCAAACGAUACUUUGGGUUGAGGAGAAUGCUAAACGAGAUACUCUAAUCGAUUUGCUUGCUCAUUCAGAAGCAGGUACACUAAUAUUAGUUUUUGUUGAAACAAGACGGGGUGCAGAUGCUCUUGAAAACUAUUUGUACUCACAGAAGUUUCAAGUUGCUAGCAUACAUGGGGAUCGUACUCAGGAAGAUCGAGAAUUAGCGUUGUCUUGUUUCCGUUCGGGAAGAACACCAGUGCUCGUUGCAACAGCUGUUGCAGCUCGUGGUUUGGAUAUUCCAAAUGUCAAAACUUAUAUUCAUCUAUGUUCUACUCUUAAAAGUUUAAAAUUACCCAUAUUACCCCCCUAACUUGCUUUGAUAAUUCUAUGUAUCCGUUUUCUAUUUUUACACUGCUUAAACACAUUCCCUUUAUUCGUUGAAUGCUGCACUUGUCGUUACAUAUUACAUAUUUAAUUCAUAUUCCCUAUGCACUCCUAAGAUAUCUAUGUAUUUAUAUAAGUUGUAUGCCUACAUUACUUAAAGAACGUUUGCCAUAUCAGUUCAUUCUUAAUAGAAUCUUGGCGAAACUAUCCGAUAUUCUACCAUUUAAGCGAGAGUUUUAUUUGCAAAAAAUAUUCUCCGAUUUAGUUCAGUGAAUCUAAUUAUUACACUUAUAUUUUAGAUACAAAUCCUAUAGACUCAUACAGUUUACUGAUUCAUUUCCUUUAGUUGUGCGGAAAAUAUAUCUGCACGUCCGAAGUAUAAAUAUGCUUACGAAUUAUAGCUUAUUAAUUUGAUUCAUGGUAGGUCUGUUCAUUUAGGUGAACUCGCAAAAAAACAGUACAAGAAGUAAAGGAGUUGGUAAUCCAGGAGAUCUAUUCUACUGAUAGGUAUUUGUACCUAUUUCGACACAAGACCAAUAGAUCAUAAAUCUUGAUACGGUACCACGACUCCGAGGCAUUUUCAAACAAAUCACUGUGAUGAUAAUAGCACAUGCGUUUGCGACCACACAUACUUGCUAUGAAAACAAACUGCUCACUCAGAAUUCAAUAUAAUCACGUAAAAACGGAAUUGAUUGGGUGCUUCCAACUUUCGCAUAUUCUCUACCCAUGUGGAGUUAAGUUAUACAACUCAAUCUACUGAACAAUUGAACUCCAGUUUAGACACACACUCGACCUAUAUUUCAUGUGACUCGAACUCGCGAAAGUUAGGCAAACAUCUUCAUGCAAAAAUCAUGUUGGCAACCAGCCUAUCGACACUGAUAUACUAUUGUUAACUCACUUAAGGAUUUUGGUUUGUUUGCUUAACUUUGAGACACGGUGUGGGAGACUGACAAUACCCAGUUAAUCAAACCAAAGUGAGUGAAUCGGGGUUAAAACCUGCCAUUUGUUAACUAAAAGUUAGUCGCCUUAACGACCGAUGAAACUUCUAGCCUAACUGCAGUGUUUCAGAGGGGAAAUAUUGUAGUGAGUCAAGCUGGUCGUAGUUUAUAUUAACUGGGGGGAGACAGUCUCAAGAGGUCUAAACUCAGAUUUAAAAAGCCCAGCCAUGUAUCCCUGUGUACCAAUCGGUAUAUAUGCGACUUUUGAUUUGCUAUGGGAUUUUUUGGCAGCGAAACUGUGAAGUGAUGAAUAUUUAUUGUUUGGGGGUAAACUGUAGUGAAGGUACAAAUUGACAAUUGCGUACGCGUAAAGUGCAGUUGUCGCACCUGCCCAACUACCAGUUAUUUCAGUAUACAACGCUGUGGUCGGUUUUGACCCUAUCAUCUGAAACCUUUAACUGUUGAUUUACAUCACUUCCAAGUCCAUAUUUCUCUAGACCAACUCGAACGAAAAACAGUAAGCCGAGAGUAUGUCAUUGUUUAACUAUUGUUAAUCCACCUGUCCAACCACAUCUAAGUUACAAACACAGUUAUGUUUUUGUGUGCUCCAGAAUAUACAAUAGUUUUAUUCU